GAGGGCUAUAACAUUGUUAAAAUUUUGAGUAAUAUACGCUAGGUUUUGUUGUGGGAUCGGAGCUCCGGGCGGCGAUUCCACAGCAGCCACUCGCCUCUUUCGUUGGAAGAGCGGAGCCACCUUCUCGAGGGAGUGGGGAACGCGGAUUAGGGUUAGGGCCAGGGUUUCGAUCGACAGAUGAGGGUUAAGAAGCAGAAGCGGCACCGCAAGGUGGUGCGGUUCUUCUCGGCGUGCUUCGGGUUCCGGGAGCCCUUCAAGGUCCUCUGCGACGGCACCUUCGUCCACCACCUCCUCCUUCACCGCCUCACCCCCGCCGACGACGCUCUCUCCCGCCUCCUCGGCGGGCGCGCCCUCCUAUCUACCACCAGAUGCAUCAUUGGAGAGCUCAAAAGCCUCGGGGAGUCCCACUACGAGUCUCUUGCGGCCGCUCAGCAGCUCAUCACUGCUAGGUGUGAUCAUGAGAGGAGGGUGAGUGCCAUGGCUUGCAUAGAGUCGGUCAUCGGGGAGGGCAACUCAGAGCACUACUUUGUUGCCACCCAGGAUGCUGAUAUCCGGAAAAAGUUCCGGGAGGUACCUGGCAUUCCUGUGAUAUAUGGUCUUAGAAACUCUCUCUUUAUUGAACAACCUUCUGCACCUCAACGCGAAUAUGUUAAAUCCACUGAAGAGAAACGCUUGCAUGCAAGUGAAUCAGAAUUCCGGAAGUUACUUAAGAGGGAAUUAAAGGAUGGGUUGGCAAAUGAUUCUGGAAAUGAAGUUUUGGAAGAAGCACCGCUUACGAGAAAGAUCAGUACUGCAAAAAAGAUGCUUGGUGUGGCAGAGAUGAGUAAAUUCAAAAGGAAGAAGGCAAAGGGCCCAAACCCACUUUCUUGUAAGAAGAAGAAAAGGAAAGAUGACUCUUUGGUCCAAAAGAAUGAGGGCAAUAAGUCAACAUUCAUGUUAACACUGGAAGAACAGGAGGAAAGAGAAGUAUUGGGAUAAGAAAAAGAUACAAAAAGGAUGGCCAGGCAGGUGGUGCUAAAAAAAGAAAGAGGAUCAGGAAACGAAAGAGAACUCGCAAGGAUGGCAAGCUUGGAGAGCCUGGAAGUUAAGGAAAAACAUGAUAUUUAGGAAGCAACAAAGAGUCAAUUGCUGUGAAAGCGUUUGCUAACUACUGACAUCGAACUUUUUGGCUGUUUUAUCAACUCUGAGCAGUGUGAUUAGAAGACUGUAAACAAGGGAUACUACUAUACGUGCAUGUUUCUAAUGCGACCUGUCUUGCAUCUAUGAAAUAUAAUUUUGAUGUUGCUGAUUUCAAACAA